UUUAAAUAAUAUCUUAUUAUUCCGUAACUAGACCUUGAAAAGUUAUUGAGCAUUCUAAUUAUCGAUGGAUAAUUUAAAUUCACAAACUUUUGAUUAUACUAAUUUACCUAAAAUCAGAAUCAAAGAUUUUAUUAAAGAUAUGAAGAUAGCCAAAGAAAAAUUACCUCUAGAUAUAAAUGAAUUAGUUGACAAUACAAGUUUAGAACGAGCUUUAAAUAUACCCUUUAAAAUAUUUAAAGAAAUACACAAAAAAUGUGGGCCACAUGUUUUUAAAAACUCCAAAGAUAAUAUAAAUGAACGUAAAAUUGAUGAUACUUACAAUUUAACAAUUCUUGAAUUUCAGAAGAAGGAAAUUGAGAAAAAAAAACUAAAUGGAUUUAAAAGCAAAACAUCUGCUAGGAAUCCUCCAACUAAAGAUUUUGAAUUGAUUGAAUAUUUAAAAGAGUUAAAAUAUCCAGCUCAACAAAAGAUUAGACAUCCAGAGGCAAUUUUAACAAUUACUUUCUAUCCACCUAAUCAGAUAUAUUCACAAAGUCAUAUCUACCCAUGUCAAAUUGCAACACAUGUAGAUCAAAAAUUUGAUGUAAUUGGAUUAAAUUUGCUUACUAGUCUCAAGGAUAAGAUAUAUUGUAAUUCAGAUUAUGGAUUAUGUGAAGAUAUAAGUGAAGAUCCUGAAAAACCUGCAUCAUAUUUUACAAAGGAUAUAUUUAAAUCUGGUUUUUUUCUGAUUGAGAACACAUUUUAUAAUGAUAUGAGGCAAAACUCCAAUGUUGAUUAUUCUGAAAUAAUAAUAAAAUGGACAUCUGAUCCUUCAAUAAAAUCAGGUCCAUAUUUAUCUCAAACAAUGGAAUCCACCAAAUUUGAUGAUUUAGAAAUUGUAUUGGGGAAACCAUAUAUGUACCUACAUCAAGGGGACUGCCAACAUCUGUUUAUCUUUUCUGAUCUUAGGUUAAUCAAUAGAUUCGAUCCUCACAACGAACUAUUAUACCCUAUUCGUACCUUUAUCGUUUCCGAGAAAUUGAAGUACUGUUAUGUUUGCGGCCUCAACCCAACAAAAUAUAUAACAUUCAAUGACCCACAUGUUCCCGAUGAGCCUUCAUUGUUUUGUAAAGAAUGUUACAUGUGUCUGCAUUACAAUAACGAAAGAAAAAAAGUCGGAAACUUUAAAGCUUAUCAUUACAAGGAUAGAAAUACUACUUUGAACACUAGGCGAUUCAGUACUUUUCUCAAAUAGCGAUUCAAACCAGUUUUAAAUUAAUUAAUUUUAUAUUAUCCUUUUUUAUUUGUAAAUAAUUAUACAUAAUAAUUUGUGAUAUUUUUUUGUUUAAGAAGAUACCUUUACAUGCAUGCUAAUUGAUCAUAUAUUU